AUGAUUCUAUCGGAUAUACUGCUUUUACAGGCCGAUUUGACGCGUGUGCAGCUAUCACAAACGAAGCGAACGAUGGAUAUAACAACCACUGCGUUUCCGGAGUCUACUCAUCUGAAGGUCGUCUCGUCCAAUUGCUGCAAAUGCUGGGUAGUGAAGGAGUCAGCUCCUUUCAUGGAGCUCAUCCUAAACAACGCCGCUAGCGACUGGAUACCUAGACCGAGGGACUCUACCUACCAACAAAUCACCUCCCUUUAUCGUGCUGUUCUGCAACUGAUGACAGAUCCACCUCGGAAGAUCCAGGACUACGCCCUACGUCUCAACGGGAAGAGCGGAAGGGAUGAACAAUUGCAAAGCCUGCCACAUGCUAUAGAACAGGCCCUCAUAGACUUUGGAGAAGACGCUAUGGGUCUGGGUCAUGAUGAAUUGCGGAAGGGAAAUUCGACCGACCUCGUUCGAUCAAAAUUUUAUCAAGGCCUGGGAAAUAGCAACGCCGAGAGGAACGAGGCGCUCGAGCAAAUGACCAGGGAAAGGGAGAAAUGGCGACCUUGCCUAUACAGGUCGCUACAGAAAGCCCUGAGAGACGUCCGAGCCUACACAUACGAUGAAGUUCACGGGAAAUGGAAGCCAAGCAGUCGUCAGAAGAGAGUGUUACAGUCGAUGGAAAAUGCUACAUCACAAACCGAUCUAGCUGAUUGACUGACGUCUCGAGGAGCAAGGAUUCUCUUUCUAUGCUGAUUUGAUCUUGAUUGUUUUCCUGCCAUGUGAUUGUAUUGUGAUCUAUUGUUUUGUGUGCCUUUCAUCUUUCCAUGUAUUGUCGUUAAUGAAUAUGUUUGUACUAGGUUCUUGGCGUUGUAGUUAUUCGUGAAAAAAGCUUGCUUUGUGCCUUUCUUAGUAAUUCCUCUACUUUUCAUAUCGCAUUCUUUCUCAAGACAUUCAAUAAAUGGUUGGGU